CUCCAACUGGUAGCGGGCUAGGGCGUUGCUAGCGGCAGAAAGUGGGAUUGAUUUUUUUUUUUUUCUCGCUACCUUUCCUCAAGUUAUACUCUUCCACUAGCCGCGUCUUCCAUCGGAAAACAGCGCCUUUUGCGUUUGCCAAAAGUUUUUGGGGGCCCCUCUCCGAGGCUUCCGGUCGUUGUUUACAGAGGGGCGGUGGACAGUUCGCGUCCCGUUAGCUGGCCGCGGAGCUAACCCGCUUUCCAUCCACGGGAAUUCUGCCGAGAAACGACCGGAUUCUGGAAACAUGGAGUCAAGCAACGUAGCGCUGUGCUAACCGACUCCGCUGGGUUUUCUCUCUGUGCCUCCCGGAGACUUUUCAACACGGAGACAUAUCGCAAGUUAGUCUGGACUCGAGAGGGUGUUGUUACGUAUAAUUUUCUCGUCGCGGUUCGGCUCGUUGUUGUGAACGGGAGUUUGCUUAGUUUGCACUCGGAACAAGAGCACACACGAAGCAAAGUUUUUUUUUUUCUUUCUUUCUUUCUUUUUUGCUGAAAGGGCUCAUCUGUUUUGUUUGCUGGUAGCAGGCGAGAUUUAACCCCACCAGUUUACCGUGAGAAACGAUUUCCCCAAACCCCCCCCCCCACUGUAUUUCUUCUUUUAUAUACAUAAAUAUGAUCACCUUAAGCCGCUUUGUUUUUUAAUCUCAACAUAUAGCCGCAGUUGUUUUUGCUAACUUGUAUCACGGCUCGUUGAUACUCGCUACUGAGCGAUUCUCAUGAUCACGGGAGAGUCGUUCCCGGAGCCACAGGCAGGCAUUUCUGGGAACAGGGAAUACCAGAUGGGACUGCAGGAAUUUCCAGCAUCUUUAAAGAUCAUUUAGGCAUCGAGGCCACUCGUAGCCGAUCAAGGGGUGGUGGCAGACGGACUGCAUCGCUGGGCCAAGGUGUUCGGUGCUGCAUUUGGAUUGUUUACACGUCUCCUACCGGCGGAAGCUGGGGAUGUGAAUGCAAAAAAAAGAGUCUCGCAAGGAGUUCAUGCAUGCACGUCCACUUGUGCCAGCUAGAGCUGUUUUUAUAUUUAUUAUUGCUGGCAAAAAGCUCUACGCUGUACGGUCCUUGCUGCUGUUUCAUUUCGACAAGGAUUACCUGUAAACAUGAUCAACCAGUCAGUGUUUUAUUAGAUUUUUUUUUUUAUUCGGGGGUUUUUUUUUUUUCGUAUUUAAUUUUUGGACGUGCCUUGCAACAACUUAACUGUUUUUUUUUUUUUUUACCAAAGGGAGUUGAUUCGAAGCACAGCUUAUAAUCCUUGCCUACUCAAAGACGAAUGCCGGAGAAAGACGCUCCAGGAAGCCAGAUCACCAAGCUCUGGAAAAUGCUAAUGGGAUAUAAUUUGCUGCAAAUCUAGAACCGGAAGCCCAAUGAGUGACCCACAGUUCAGUUCCACUAACAGGUUUACCAAGAAAGCGAUAAGAACCAGCAGCAUUCUCAGUAAGGACCAUCCCCCAGACAAGAAACCCAAAAGUGACAAAGCUUCACUUCCCUCCAAUGAGUUUGACCCUACAGAAGCUCUGGUGGUGGAGAAGAGUGGCAACAACAGUGUGCUUGCAGAGGGAAAGCCUGAAUCCUGUGGUCUGGUCCAGCGAUGUGUGAUCAUUCAGAAAGAUGAAAAUGGCUUUGGGCUUACUGUCAGUGGUGACAACCCUGUGUUUGUGCAGCUGGUCAAAGAAGAUGGGGCUGCAAUGCGGGCAGGUGUUCAGACGGGAGACAGGAUCAUCAAGGUUAACGGGACCCUUGUCACACAUUCUAACCACACAGAAGUAGUGAAACUUAUCAAAUCGGGCUCCUACGUGGCGCUCACGGUUUUGGGGCGCCCUCCAGGACUAGCCCAGAUCCCGUUGCCUGAAGCAGAGCCUGACAUCUUGGGUGUUAGCAUAUCCUCUCCAAACUCUCCAGCAACAGAGCGCCCCUACAGUCCUCAGGACCGCUUCUCCCUCUUUCAAUCAUCAUGGGAAGAAAAUGGCAGUGCCUGCAACCAGAGGUCUGAUGUCUUGCAAAAGAAGCUCUCAAAAGAACAGCAGGAUCUACAGGCAAUGAAAGAGGAGUACAGCAGGAACCCCUCCCCCAAACUACUGAAGGACAUCCAGGAAGCUAAAAAACACAUUCCUCAGCUGCAGGGUCAGCUCUUAAAGUCCACUGAAACAACACAGGAGGCUGUUUCAGGUGGCGAUGCAGACGACAGUAGCGUGUACGAAACGGAUCUCGCACACACCCCUAAAGCAGACAAUAGCACAGAUCUAUCCUGGAGCAGCUCUCCUAUAUUUAGACCAGCGACUCCAGAAAGCCAUUGUCCUAAAGAGCUCUCCUACCCCAGCCCAAAGAGCACACCCCGAAACAGCUUCAACUCCUGCCACUCCCCAGAGACGGAGGACACCACUGACCUGGACUCUCUGUCACCCUCCGCACUCAGCAGUCCCUCCUGUUCUCGCGUUAUCUCGCAAAUUAUUGGAGCUGAAGAUGACUAUUUUGGUCGAGACCAAGAGCAGACAAACGGCCAGUGUGACAGCUUUAACAGUAUUGAGCAGCUCAAGUCUCGCCCUGCUCACCUCGCAGCCUUUCUGCACUAUGUCAUCUCUCAGUUUGAACCUGCUCCUGUGUUGUGCUACCUCCAUACCGAGCUCUACAAGCAGACCAACUCCAAAGAGACCCGACGGGUUUUCAUGGACCUCCACAAUUUUUUUAUGGACCGGGGAGCAAAUUUAAAGGUUGCUGUUCCUGAAUCUGUUUCCUCUGAUCUUGAUCGGCGGCGGACGGAGCUCAUACCAGAGGAAAUAAAUAGGCAACAUGUUCAAACACUGCAGGACUCUCUGCUAGCUGACGUUGAGAAACACCUCGAGGACUUUAGGCAGAAGCGCAAUAUGGGCCUAACGGUGGCUGAAGCUGAGCUGGCCAGACUGGACCAAGAGAGAGUCCGAGAUCGUGUCACGCUUGAGCGAGAACGUUCAUACGCUGAAAACAUCAUAUCUAAAAUAGAUGAUAUUCUUUUAACUACUCAGACCACAGAGGAAGACAAAUGCACUACAAUACAGUUUGUUAUCUAUACAUACAUGAAGCACCUCGGUGUGAGGGUUAAGGAGCCUCGAAAUCUGGAGUCCAAACGGGGUCUGAACCGUCUUUUCCCUAAGAUGAAGCAUAAAAGUAUUAAAACAGAUAAAGAAGUUGAUGACAGAUUAAAAAAGAAAUUUUUAAAUCUUGUACCUCAGCGCCGACCCAGUCGCAUCGAAGCAGCAGGCAAAAACCUGGAAAAUCGCCCCAGGCCUCAGAAACAGCUGUCUCAGCCAACGCUAGGAGCGGUUGAGCUAAUGGAUAACAGUCGUCUGAAGGGCAGCCAGUCCAGUGAGGGCCCCGAACUCACUCAUUCCUUGUCUGUCUCAUCUCCAAGUAACGCCACCCACAGUGUGGAUGCAAACCGAGACGCUGAUAUUGUUUCAGGUGGGACUCCAACAUCAGCCCCCUCCAGGCUGAGUGACGGUCUUCAGCCUGAUCCUCUGGAUGGAUUAGCUUUCCCUGAUUCAACUGAGCUUUAUCCCAUGGAGAAGUUACCAGAAGAUGACAGAGAAAGUGACAGAGCUCAUGACGGGACACCAAAGGCGGUUAGAAAACUUGAGGCACUGGGUAUUGGAGAUGUCCAGAGCGAGGAUGAUCAGGGGACAGACUCUGAGCUUGAUCCCCACAACUGGCAGCAGCUGGUGGGACGAGAGGUCCUUGCAGGACUCAGGCCUCAAGAGAUUAAGAGACAAGAAGUUAUAAACGAGUUGUUUUAUACAGAGCGUGCACAUGUAGGGAUGCUGAAAGUUCUGGAUGACGUCUUCUACCAGAGGCUUUCCAAAGACGCAAUCCUUCCUCCUGCUGACAUCAAGAACAUCUUCACCAACCUGGAAGAGGUCCUGCAGCUGCAUGUUUCAAUACUUGAGCAAAUGGCAGCCAUACGGAAGAGAAAUGAUUCGUUGGUAAUAGAUUUAAGAGGGGACGACUUGCUCUCGUGGUUCAGUGGUGCCGAGGAGGAGAAGAUCAAGCAGGCAGUGGGAACAUUUUGCAGUAACCAGCCAUUUGCACUGGAGAUUAUCAAGACCAAGCAGAAGAAAGACUCGAGGUUCACCUCAUUCAUUCAGGAGGCAGAGAGUAACAGACAGUGUCGAAGACUGCAGCUAAAGGACAUAAUUCCUGUUGAGAUGCUGCGGCUCACCAAGUACCCCUUGUUGUUAGACAACAUUGUCAAAUACACAGACGAUCCAGUGGAGAAGCACAAAGUUAAGCAGGCAGCAGACUGCUGUAGAAAGAUCCUUAGUCACGUCAACCAGGCUUUAAAAGAGUCUGAGGACAAACAGAAAUUAGAGGACUACCAGAGAAGAUUGGACCUCUCCUCUCUAAAGCAGACAGACAACCCAGUGAUCCUUGAGCUAAAGAACCUGGAUUUGACCAAGAAGACACUGAUUCACGAGGGCCCUCUAUCAUGGAAAAUGAACAAGGACAAAACUAUUGAGCUGUACACGCUCCUCCUGGAGGACAUCCUUGUUCUGCUACAGAAACAAGACGAGCGUCUGAUCCUAAAAUGUCACAGCAAAAUCCUGGCAGGCACCCCAGAUACAAAACACACCUUCAGCCCCAUCAUUAAACUCAGCACUGUUCUGGUGCGCUCUGUGGCUACAGACAACAAGUCCUUCUUCGUUCUCUCCAUGUCUGAUAACGUUGCACAGAUUUACGAGCUCAUGGCGCCCACAGUCUCAGAUCAGAAAAUGUGGCAGACUCUGAUCUCCCAAAGAGCCGAUACGAUGAAGGUCAAACCUCACAGCAUCAUACCGUUACCUCAGACUGAUGGGGAGCGAGAUGGCGUGGAGAUCAUUACAGCAGGUGUUUCCAGACUGAGCAGAGAACAAGACCGCACAUCCACUGGCAGCACACAGUCCACAGAUAAAGAGAGCGGCCCGGCCUCUAGAAGUACCCUGCAAGGUUCUCUACCUGCUGGUAACCCGUUUGAGGAAGAAAAGGCAGACGUGGAGGAAGAGGAAGGUUUUCUGGACCCAGAGCUUUCGUGUGAAGUAUCUGAAGUUGACAGAGAAGGAGACUCGUUCGAUGUGUUCCCCUCAAGGGCAGAUGAAGCACUAAAAACAUUGGCUGCAUUAAAGCAAGUCCUGGUGAACCAGCUGAUGUCCCAGGAGGCAGCACAACAAACCAAACGUUCCACAGGAGCCCGUCUCCUAAGAACCACCUCUUUGCGGACGCCGACAGACAACCGCGCAAAGGUGAUGACUCACAACGGCUCCGAGAAGGGCACCUCUAAGGCAGAGGACCUGGCUCAGGACCUGGGGUCAGGGGACACUGGAUUCUUUGAUUCUCCUGAAGAUUAUGGAUGUUUAGUCCUGGAGGGUUACGGAGGACAAGGGGAGAGCAGCACAGACGACGACAUCCUGGCAUCAACCCAAGGGAAACAGCUGAGGACCUCACAAGGCUGUGCGGCCGACUCCGGCAUCAAUUUGAGAUUUUCUUCAACGUCACAGUUCGGCAGCCUCUCCACUUUCAGCAGACAGGUGUUGUCUCACCUUAGACAUCUUCAGACCAGCCUCGGCUAUUUAAAGGAAGUUGAGACCAAGUACAAUAAUCUAAUACGCCAAAGGACAGAUAGGUCAUCGACAGACACAGAUGGAAACAAAGAUAAAAGAUAGUGUGGAUGUCAACGCCGCAGCUUUUGACUUUGGUACCAUGGAAGAAGUACCGACUCGUCGUCUGUUCUUUCUUCUCGAGUCCUGGACUUUCUGGACGUCGUAUAAGCUUGUCCUUUGACUGCUGAGCUCUUCUUUUUUUUUUUUAUUUCCUUCACCCACAGCCACCGCAGGGAAUAACAGACUUAAGUGUGAAGCAAAUGUUUUUGAAGGGAGAAUUUAUUGGUGUGGUGCCAGGCCAUCCCUUCUCAGCACAAGGCGAACAGGGAAGUGGGAUUGCCCCCCGAAAACCUCAACCCCUUUCUACCAUUGAACACCAAAUUUUCCCCUCUAAACUCCCUGCAAGAAAGAGAACUUAUACCAAAAUGUACAAAGAUGUGUGUUUAGAAUAUAUAUAUAUGAAACACAAACAAGAAAAGGAAAAUUUUAAGAUAAUGUAUUAAGAUUUUUUUUUAUUCCCAAGAUGUAUUUAUUUUCUUUCUUUUUAUUUUUUUUUAAGUGUUUCCCAAAUUGUUUGCAUGCUUUUGGCCAUGGUGUGUUACCUUUUUAGCUGCUUAUCCUGGUUGGGUCACACAUGGUUGGCCUGAGUGCACGCUAGUAUACAAGUGCUCUAGCGUACCUUGAUGAGUGGUAGCACUAUAUCCUGACUGAUAGAGGCCAGAGUUGCACGAGUGAUGGAUAAAUCCAGUGUAUUAAAACUCCUGAACAUUGUUAAAGUCUAGAAUUUAACACAAAUUCUAAGUCUGGUGUUAACUAGAUUGAAGAGUUUUUAGGCUCUGAUCUGGUCCUGUUGCAUUUCUGUGCUGAUUCCUUUCUUUCCCCUCUUACUCUUUUCUCCUUUUGUGUGCGUGACUUCUCCCCUGCCCCCCGUGAACCUUUUUGGGUGUCAUCUCUUUCCUCUUUCAAGCAGCCGAGUGGUGCUCAUGCUUAUUUAUCCCUUCCCACACUCUAUAUGUCAUGCUUCCUGUUGUGCCUCUGGUUAUCUUGCUCUGUUACCCUCUCCUACAAGGAGCGGUCAUGCUCUCUCUGUAUCAGCUUCUGACAGAAAUGCUGCUUCCUUCUGCUACUGUUGGUGAUACUGAUCUGACUGCCCACAUUUUCUAAUAAUGUCAUGAAGUUCAUCAUAUAGUGUACAAUGAUCAAGUUGGAAGGUUAUUCAUAAUGUUACAAAAUAAAAGGUGCCAUGACACAUUGAAAAAGAA